UUCUGUUUUAUUGUUGUUGCUGUCGUAGUAGUGGUGGAUGUAAAGUGGUAGGAGUCGUCAGUGAAAUAGUCACCACAUUUCCGGUCUGAAUUGUUUACAAACGUUGAAGACAGAAAGAAUUGAACUGCUUAUAAUGUGACAGGUGCUACAAGGACAGAAAAAAAGAAAAGAAAAGAAAAAAUACCAGCGAACCAAGCGUUUAAAAUAGAACCAUCAACAUUAUCUUCUUCGUUUAUCAUCAUUAUAAAUUUAUGCUUGCUGUCCUCGAUUCAUCUUCCUAGUUUUUGAUUGAUCGUGAUUAAUUAGUUAACCUCCAGAAUGUUUUGCUCGCCGCACUUACAAACAGGGUGAUAUACGAUAUACAAUGUGACAAGAGGUUUUCUUGUUGGUUUUGUUUAUUUGUUAUUCUUGUUUGUAUGUUGAUUUAUUUAUAUUGAUUUUGCUCUAAAAAGAAAGAAAAAGCAAACAAAAUGAACGAAGAUAAUGAAGAGGAGACGGUCAACGAACGUACAGAAUUACUGGGUAACAAAGACAUUCUGACAAAAAUAGGCGGCUUCGGUCGCUAUCAACUAAAAGAAUUAUUGAUUUUAAGUCCACUUCUAGUAGGCAAUGGAAUCUCGACGUUGUUGUUUGUCUUCGUACUCUAUGUGCCAAAUUUUAGGUGUGCUAUUCCAGGUUGGAAGAAUGACACUUUUCAAAUCCAUAGUGCAGUCCAAUCGGAGUAUGUUGAACAUUACAUUCCAAAAAAUAAUCCUCAUUGUAUGGUUUAUAAAUGGAACAAUUCAGAGCUAUCUGUGUUGGAAAAUCCUUUUGAAGAGGUCCCAUGCAAUUCUUGGGUUUAUGACGAAUCAUCUGUUCCUGGAACAGCAGCUACAGAAAUGAAUUUGGUUUGUUCCAGAGAAGUGUUCCAGUCUUUAGUCAACAUGUUGUUUAUGGGUGGAACUUUUGUGGGUUCCCUCUUCUUUGGUGUCAUUUCAGACUGGAAAGGUCGCAGAGUAUCCUUAUACCUUUCCCUGGUCCUCUGGAUACUGUCUUCCAUCCCACUUUAUUUUGUCAAUGAUAUAAAACUGCUUGCCGUUCUUCGAUUUCUGAUAGGAUUUUCUGGAAAUGGCAUUUUCAUGAAUUCUUUUAUUCUUACUAUAGAAAUUGUAUCCAGUCCUUACAGAUCUUUAGUUGGUUUAAUUAGUCAAAUACUUUUCUCUGUUGGAGAAAUCAUAAUCUGUGGUAUUGCCUUCUUAGAACGAGAUUGGCAUAUGCUCUGUCUUUUGUCAGCUGUCAUUUACAUACCAUGCCUUAUCUACUGGUUUUUCGUAAAUGAAUCUCCACGAUGGUUGGCUUCACAAGGUAAAUUUGAAGAAGCACAAAAUAUCUACAGAAAAAUAGCUAAAACCAAUAAAACAGAAUUUCCUGAAGAUGAUGCCGAUCUUGAAGAACCAAUUAUUUGUAACACUAAAAAAGGCAGUUUGAUUGAUUUAUUUAAAUCUAGAAUUCUAUUUUCGCGUAGUCUAAUCAUUUUUUUUAAUUGGGGUGUCAUCAACAUGGUAUAUUAUGGACUUCUGUUUAGCUCAGGAGACUUGACUAGUAAUUUAUAUCUAAGUUCCUUCCUCUCUGGGUUAGCUGAGAUUCCAGCAUAUAUCAUCCUUAUAUUCACUCUGGACAGACUUGGAAGAAAACCUCUUUAUUGUACAUCUACUAUUUUAUCAGGGAUUGCUUGCAUUAUUUCAGGUUUUGCUCAUGUGUGGGGUAAAGAUUUACCUUGGAUUUCAACAACUCUUGCCUUAAUUGGAAAAUUUGCUAUUUCUUCCAGUUUUGCAAUUAUCUUUAAUCUAACAACAGAAUUGUUUCCAACAGUGGUACGGAACUCAGCUUUUGGAUUAAGUUCUUCAGUUGGCAGAAUAGGCAGUAUGUUAGCACCUUACAUCAUGCUCAGUGGAAACUAUAUACCAUCCAAAUUUGGUCCUUCGUUACCAUUUAUUAUGUUUGGUGUUGUGUCUGUCAUAGCUGGAUUUUUGUCACUACUUCUUCCUGAGACAAAAGGUCAGAAUUUGCCAGAAACAAUAAAAGAUGGAGAAUUAAUGGGAAGGACAGGAACAAACAAGCCUAAGGGCUAUUGAUGGGGAAAAUAUCAACAAAUCUAUUGUUAGAUUACACUAUUAUUUUUGCUUUAAAACAGAAUUUUAUAAUUAAUUAUUAAGCCAAAAUUAAUUUAGUAAUUUGGAAUGUUCAUGACAUGUUUAUCACAGGAAUUAUUUUUACCAGGAUUUUGCAUAUAACUGAAAUUAUUUUUCUAAACAUAUCUUUGGUCUAACAGUAAGGAUAAUUCAGAGGCUGUGAACUGUAUAUUGAAUAUGAAAAUACUAUUAUGGAGUAAUUGGGAAAAGAUAUUUCAAGUGAGUUGUAAAAAUUAUUAAAAGAUUAACAACAUUUUAGAGAAAUUUUAUAAUCUUCUAUAGAAUUUAUUUUAACUCAAAUGAAAGCAAUAAAAAUUCCUAUGUAGUGUUCCAACACUGUAUAGGUGGUGCACAAACAUUGCCACAGCUGCCAGACUGAAAUGCAUAAAAAAAAUAAUAAAAUGAGUAGUUAUAUAUUUCUUUAAAAUCUUCUUA